AUGGCACCUAGCGAAAACGCCACCAACGACCCUCAGCGGCCGUCACUGGCUUCCUUACAGAAGGAUGAGGCCCGCCCGAUUUUGCUCCAGGCGGCCAAGGUCGCCAUCCAUGUGCGACCGAUUUCUCCCGUGCGGUCUCCAGUCAAGUACUUGCCCGUAGACACAAGCUGGGGUUCACAACUGGAUGUCAGCGCACCCAGGGAUGUUAAUGCAAGGCACGUCCUGCAUAUGGAGGUCGAACAGCAGCGCCGCAGUGAUCCAAAUCGUCCUGGUCCUGGAUCAAAGCGUGCGCCGCGUGCGAUCGUAGAUGUCGUGCAAGUGCCAUCCCGCGGACCCAUCCCCCCAGCCCCAAACCCCAACGCAGCUGCCGCUGCCGCAAUCUCCAUCACUGUUCAACCACGGGCAGCACCAGCACCAGCGGCAGUGACCCAGAUGGGAAACCGACCAACACCUACCAUCGCGCUGCCAGAGGCCGGCAAACAGUCAAGCACACGGCAGCCCUUGCUUUCAGGUCAUCGACACCCCGCCGCCGCCGCCGCUGCCGCAAUGGGCCCUGCUUCGGGGUCCACACAGGCCCCCAGUCGCGGGCCAGGCCGCGGGUUCCAGCCAAAUAUCACCCCCGCCCCUUCCGCUUACGUACGCUCUAAUCCGCUACCCCACACUGCUGCACCAGCCACAACGGUAAUAGCGGUAGCUGCUGGUUCAACAGAAGCAGCGGCAGCAGUAGUGGCCCCUGCAGUGGGAGCAGUAGCAGGCCCUGCAGCUGGGCUCUCGCCGGCCCAUCAUCGAUCCGGCACGGGAUCACGCAUCGCCAAAGGCGGCGGCGCCGCGCUCCUAGCGGAAAUUCUGAGAACCCAGUUGGCCGCGGCGGCGGCGCCGCCGCUGCCGCCGCCUUUACCGGCGCCCGCGAACGUGCUUGACGGCUUCAAACCAGGAGGUCACUUCUUCCCUGGAGGACCCCAGAUCUCUGCCUUAGGCUCGCGGCAGUCCAAAGCACCGCCAAGGGCGCUCAGUGGCGGCCCUGGGGAUUCCCGAGGAGAGCCGUCGGCGGCUGCCGCCGCCGCCGCCGCCGCCGCAGAAGUGGCAUGGAGCUGGGACGACGGUCCAACGUUGGCGGCGGCGGCGGCGGCGGGGAUUCGGGACCCCGGGGAAGAGGCGCGGCGGGCGCGACGGCGGCACCGCAAACGCGUGGCUCGUAUUGUUGUGGACCAUUGGAAGCAGUUUGCACGGCAGCGGCUGCAAGCCGUGGCGGCCAGAAGGCACCUACGCCGGCGGCUUCUGACUGCCGCCUGGGUUGCAUGGCAGGCGGAGACGGCCAGCGCACGCGCCCGAAUGCGGCUGGCGGCUGUGUACGACAUGAAAAGGUCGUACUUGGGGCUGGGCCGCUGCGUGCAGGCCUGGAGUACGGCAGCCAAACGCCUGGCCCAGCUGCGGGACCUUCAGGAGCGGGUGACCGUGGACAGUGCCCCUCCUAGCCGUGCACUACAGCACAGAAACAUGCAGCAGAAGACUUAG